AUGGAAGUUCAAUAUCCUUUAAUGGCAUAUAAUUUAUUCACACCACAAAAUAAUAAAUAUCCAUAUUACGAUGAUUUGAAAUACAAUUUAGAUAUGUACUUAAGAUCAACUAAUGAUGAUUUAGCUUUGAAAUUUUUCCAAGGUUACCGUUUUCUUAUUUAUUAUUUAUCAUUAGCGUAUUUUGAUCCUAAUAUUUAUGAUCAAGAUGCUGUUAUGUUGGCAUAUCUAUUAGAAUAUUAUUCUAGAAGUUAUAUGGAAUGCAGCUGGAUGAUUAAUGUCACAAAAAUUCUUCCGGAGUUAUCUGAUGAAGAAUUAUUCAAUAUUUAUAUUGUUCCUAAUUUUACAACUUAUGCUGAAAAAAUUGAAGGAAAAAUUGAAGGAAAAUUUGGUACAAUUUUGUGCUGGUUGAGGAAAAUAUUACUUCUGCCUGGCUACAAGAAUUUAGAUUAUAAAGGUCAUAAAUCAUUUCUUUAUAUUGAAAGUGAAGAUAUAAUUUUUGAUAAUCCAUUUAUUGAAGCAGUUAUGACUUUAAGAUGGAGGAAAGCAAAAAUAUAUUGGAUGAUACCUUUAAUAUUUUACAUUAUAUAUAUAUUUUUAUUUUCAUUUCUUUCUCAACUUUACUUAAGUGAUAAUGAUGAUAAUAAAAAUAAGCACAAUUCUACGUUUAUGAUAGUGGUUGGAAUAUUUUAUUAUGUUGGAAUAUAUUUAUUAAUAGUUGAGUUUAUGCAAAUGAGAAAUUAUAAAUUAAAUACUUCAUUUAAUGAAAUUAAUGAAAUCAAUAAUCAAGGAAUUGUUAUUUUAUUAACGGUUACUACUCUAAUACUUUGGAUUGAAAUGCUCCUUUGGCUACGAUUAUUCACAGAAGUGGCAGUAUAUAUAUAUAUUUUUGGAAAUAUUUUAAAAAAGAUUAUACCAUUUUUUGUGUUUAUGAUUAUUUUAACAAUUGGCUUUGGACACUCAAUGUUUGUCCUUUUUGGACAUCCAUCACUUCUUGAUUUAAAUCCAUCAGCUUCAACUUACACAUUAGAUAAUGGAACUACUAAUUUAAAAUUAACAGGAGAAAUUCCAGUAAAUCCUUUUGACACAAUAUGGGAUGCUAUACUCUCCGCAUACUAUUGA